GUCGCCUGCGCGCCGGGCCUCGCCUCCCUCGCUCUCCGGCCCCGCGGCUGUGUGAGUUCCCCGCGCAGCCCUCUCCUCUUCGCUUUCCAGGUGGAGGGUAGCCCGAGGGGCUCAGGCCCGGGGACGGUGACCCUUGGGGGACCCGGGAAGAGAGGAAGGAGCUAGAGGCCCAGGCCCCCUUCCUCGUCAGAGCGCUGUGGUUUGGGGUGCCCGCCUCUGUGUGGCUGAGGCGAGGUGUGCGACCUGGCCCCCCAUAUAUCCACAUCUGUGUGUCCAGGUGUGUGUGGUCACACCCUUGCUGCUUACGCACAAAGCCAACAAUAUGGACGCCCAGGUGUACCCCUGCCUCCCAGCUAAAAAUACAUCUAUACCUCAUCCAUGCUGCCGUCCCGAGAGGAAAGAAUCUGGGCAGUUUUUAAAGGCCUCCCGAGGGGUGACCACUGUGCCUGUGGGCAGUAAUAUCCACUCUGCAUUCGUCUUGUAUACCUCCACGGUGUUUCUGGGCCACUGCAGGUUUGUGUGUCCAGGGCGUGUGCAUAUAACAUACAGGGACCUUUUCUUAUGGUGGCCUUUCUUCCUAGACUUCACACGGAGACGGCAAUGGGGGGGGGGGGGGACAGGAAGCGGAGGCGCAGGCGGCACGUGGGUGCACCCCUGCACUGAGCAUGCUCCCCCAUACACGUGUGCCCCGCGUGCACCCAGCCCCCAUCCCUGCAGCAGCAAAAUGCCAGAGCGCUUUGCUUCUGGGGCCAGGGCCCGGGUGGCCAGGACCAGGCCUGGGGGCCAGGCCUCUCCUCCCCCCACAGCCAGCCGCUCAGCUGGCGGGGCUUCUGCAAGCGAAGGUACCUCGCGGUGGGGGAGCACCACCUGCCGCACGGUGCCGCACCCACACCGAGAAGCCAGUCUGUGGGCUUGGUAGCCCCAGGCUGGACGACGUAAUGGAGCGGCCUGGCCGCUCUUCCCGGCGCCCCCCACCCCCACCCCCAGGAGCGGUGGCCGCCCAUUCACCCCCGAUCGACCCACAGCUAUGGAAUUUCAUUUAUUAAAUGUCGAGGCGGCU